UCUCCUUUCUUGUUAUUUUUAGAAUUUGUAGUUUAACAUGUCGUACUGUUUAACUUUCUUAAUUAACAUCUAAAAUUAGGUGCCAAUGCUUCGAGUUAUGGACGAUGAAGUGUUGAAAGAAAUCUUUGACAAUCUUAAGCCAGUGAGCUAUACAGAAGACAACCAUAUAAUUGUUGAGGGUGAACCACUUGUUAAAAUGCUCUUCAUCACUCAAGGCAUUUUGUUGACCUACACUAGAAACAAUGAUGCUGGAACCACCGAGUGUCUUGACAAAGGUAAGUUCUUUGGAGACGAGCUUCUGAUCUGGGCAUCAACAUUCUCCCCGUUUUCGGCCUUACCCAUCUCCACCAGAUUUGUCAAGCCCCUCACAAAAGUUGAAGCGUUUGCACUCAAGGCCAAUGACUUGAAGAUUAUAGCGUCUAAAUUCCCAGAGGCAUUUCGGAACAGAUGAUGAGAGAUGAUGGUACAAUCCAGUUGAUGACUAUUAUGACUCAUCCGGUCCAC